GUUUUGGUUUCAUUUCAGUGUGUUCGUUUUGUCAUAGUCCGUCCCUUAUAUCCAUUUGAGGUCGUCGUAACUCCCCUUAUUUCUUUCGGUCUUAUAUUCCAAAUAUAUCCAAGUUGGUCAGUCGUUAGACUAAAAAAUAUGUUAUUCUAUCCCUCUGUAGACAGAAUUAUCUCGAUUUUCGGUCACUUGAAUGUGUUAGGUUAUUACCCAAAAGGUCUUAAACCGUCAACAGCUUCGAAUUGUCAGUGUACAGUGGUAUCGACUCCCCAGUUUAAUACUCCCUGGGUAUCUGAUCCAUUAAUGGUGACAGAACAUGAAUAAACAUGUGCUUAUUACUACAUUGGUGACCGGUGUAGAUCGUAAUACGUUUAAAAGUGUCCCAAAGGAUCAUCAUGCUCAGACUACAACUAGAAGGAUUCUCAGUGUUAUUUUUAAAGGAUAUCUUAAGGUAUCAGUAAAUUUACUGAUCACAGGUUGCAAAAAGUUUAAGAAUCAAUUGAUCUUAUCUAGGUUCAUUGCCUGCUUCGGUUUGGGCACCCGGGCAGUAUCGCAGCCCUCACACAUAUCAAAUGAGAUCUGUGUGGCGCAUAUGUAUUUGGUGCCUCCUUGUACCAAUAUCUAUGUGUUAAAUAAGUAAAUAAAGGUUCAUUGGCGUCGAUGUAAAAUCAUCCUCAAGAAGUACUGAUACGUUUUCCCUCACCUUCAUUCUUUGCUUUGGGAAUGUUAAUUAGUUUUACUGUCAUUCCAUAAGGUCACUAAUCAGUUGUUUCGAACCUAUCUGAAAUCUCUUAAAACCGAAAAGUAGAUCCUGACUUGUAGAUACACAGAUCUAGCUUCAUAUAUGUUUAGUGAUCUAAAUUGCUGCCUUGUUUUUUUCAUUUCCGAAGGGGAGUUUCAACUUUGCUUAACUAGAGAGCAUUCAAACCAAAAUGAGUCAUAUUUCUAUACUCGAACUUCUCUGCUGCUACUGCUGCUAUUACCAUAUCUACUACCCUGGUACACAUCUUACUAGUUUCAGUUCGUUGUGCUAAUGUGCUGUGGUAUGUGACGAUCCCCUUAGUGUUCUUGUUUUCAACCAUUGAAGUGUGAACAAGGAACCAGAUUAUCAAAUGUAUCAUUGUUAGUUGUAUAGAUCUCGUCAUACUUAUGUGUUCGAACGGAAUAUUCACAAUUCCAAACCUAAUCCCACGUUAUGAAUCUUGGGAAAGUUGAGUAGUAUUGGUGAUAGCUUGAUAUUUUUGUUUAUACACUUACUGAGUAGUACUAAAUGUAUCUUUUUUCUAUUAGUAUUUAUUUGCGUAUCAUUACUCGAUAUCAUGGCUAAUCGCACAGUCAAAGAUGCACAUACAGUUCAUGGGACAAACCCUCAGUAUCUUUUGGAAAAAAUCGUUCGAAGUCGAAUUUAUGAGUCAAAAUUCUGGAAAGAGCAUUGCUUUGCUCUUACAGCUGAAUUACUUGUCGAUAAAGCUGUGGAACUUCGUUAUGUUGGUGGUGUGUAUAGUGGAAGUGUUAAACCAACCCCUUUUCUAUGUCUUACAUUAAAAAUGCUUCAAAUUCAGCCGGACAAAGAUAUUGUUAUCGAAUUUAUCAAACAGGAACCAUACAAAUACGCUCGUGCUUUAGGAGCAUUUUAUCUUAGACUAGUUGGUGAUUCUGUUGAAAUAUACAAAUAUCUUGAAACGUUAUAUAACGAUUUUCGACGUCUCAAGUUUCAAGAUAAAAUGGGAAAUUUCAGUUUAAUAUACAUGGAUGACUUUAUUGAUCAACUUCUUACUGAAGAACGUGUCUGUGAUGUUAUUUUACCUCGUUUACAAAAACGUGAAGUUCUUGAGGAGCUAAAUGGUUUAGAACCACGACAAUCACUUCUGAAUGAGGAUUUAGAAGAUUUACAAUAUGUUGAGGAGCUGGAUACCUUGAAUCAUGUUGAAGAGAGUUAUAAGUCUAAGGAUAAAGAAAAACAUAGGAGACGAGAUUAUGGAAAAGACCACCAUCAUCGACGUAGACAUCGUGAAGAGUCUCCUCAUGCUGAACGCAGAGAAAGAGAUAGAGACCAUAUAUCAUCAAGACAUAAAGAUCGUGAAGAGAAUGAACGCAAACAUGAUCGUGAGAGAGCUCAUAGACGUAGUCAUUCUGGAGAUCGUCGAAAUGGUCGAUCCAAACGUAAUGAUAGUCGUUCACCAGAUCAUAAACGUACCCGAGAUAAAGAUCGUGACAGACGACAUUAAAUGUUUAAUAGACACUGAUAUAUUGUAUAUACUAUGUUAAUAAAUACUUUUUGUAUAAUCAUGAAUUAGUUCAUUGUGACAGAUGUUUGAAGGGAUAUGGCAACAAAAAUAUAUCACGUUAUUGUUAGUACUUAUUAAUAUGUAGUGACAACAGCUUCCAGGCAAUUGAUAUAAAAAACUGCUAUUUCGGUUAUCAGUUGGUUAAAAUUUGGAAACAGUGUUUAGUCGAUGUAAUAAGCUCAAAUGACGUCACGGACUUCAGAUAUAAACUUGAUCUUAAUAUGGUUUUCAGUCGUAAUUCGAGCGAUAGGAAAAUAUUCCUAGGACGGAAAAAAGUAAUUCACUUAUCAAUUACAGAAUUGUAUACUUGGCACUCGAGAUUUAAAGGUUAGUGACAUUACCCUAUACUAAAACCAAAGUAGGUUGAACGAAGUUUUUACCUGUAACUUAAGAGUUGGAAGUAGAGCCCAUUAACUACUAAUCCAUCUUUCUAGGACCGGACGUACGGUGGCAAAU